GAACAUUGAACACCGUACAGAACGUAUUUACCAAUAGUGCGCGGCAUAGGGUUAUUAUAUAUAUAGUUGAUUUUGGCAUCGUCAAUAGUGACAAUACUCAGUGGCAUCAGCUCAAAAGGGAUUGUUACAAAUAGUUAUAUAUUUAUAUCAACACGUUUUGGAAAUACAUUUAUUUUUCGUUUAGAAAGUUAAACAAAACCCACGGUCAAGAUGGCGAUGGCAAUGUUGCAGCGGCGUGCAAACGUAAGGUUGCCACCAGAAGUUAAUAGAAUCUUAUAUGUAAGAAAUUUACCUUAUAAAAUCACAGCUGAAGAAAUGUACGAUAUAUUUGGGAAAUAUGGUGCCAUAAGACAGAUUAGAGUUGGUAACACAGCUGAAACAAGAGGUACAGCAUUUGUUGUUUAUGAAGAUAUUUUUGAUGCAAAGAAUGCUUGUGAUCAUCUUAGUGGUUUUAAUGUGUGUAACAGAUACUUGGUAGUACUUUACUAUCAAAGCAACAAAGCAUUUAAGAGGGUUGAUGUGGACAAGAAACUUGAUGAAAUAGAAAAAAUCAAAACAAAAUACAACUUAAAUGAGGACAAGAAGUGAAGGAAAUAUAUUGUAUUUUCUAAACUCCUUUAUUUACAAUGUUAAAAUACAAAUUCACUUGAAUAUAUAUUUAUUACAACAUUCAGUAAAUUAGAUUUGACUAAUUAUAAUAAAUACAGUAUAUAUAUAUAUAU